GUGGUGAUAAAGGUGUCGGCGGCAACGCGGCCACGCCACCGUGCUCGGAGCGGGCGACUGGGCAGGACGGGACAGAGCGGUGCUGUGAGGAGCCUCCUCGCAGCCAACUCCUUUCUCGUCGACCAGGAGCGUUUUCGAGAGUUCUUUUGUGAUCAACUUCCCUCGAGGCCACAGCACAGGAGUUGGGGACCCGGAGCGUUUCUGAGGUGACCCCACUCCCUGUGGGAGUGGCCCUCGAGGCCAGGCCACGGGCCUUGGUGACCCGGAGCUUUUCCGAGGAGUCACCAGUGGCUGUGGUAGCGGCCCUUGAGGCCAUUUUUUGAGACUUUGCCACCAGGGGCUGUUCCAAGCCAUCAGCAGCCCCUGUGGCAGUGGCCCUUGAGGCCAUUUUUUGAGACGUUUCCACCAGGGGCUGUUCCAAGCCAUCCCCAGUCCCUGUGGCAGGAGCCCCGCAGGCCAUUGUGUCACACUUGGCCGCCAGGGGUUUUUCCGAGGUUUCUCCCCCACAGGUGCCCUCCAGACCAGACUGUGCCAUGGCGGGGGGAUGCUUCGGCCUGUGCCGGCUGCUCCGGAGGAAGAGGAAGAACAGGAGAGGCCCUGGAGCUGGCCCAGCACAGGAACCGGAGGAGGAGGUGCAGCACUUCCAGCCACUGCAGCAGGAUCCAGGCCGGGACCGCCCAGAAGAGCAGGACCGCGCCCGUGGCCGCUUGCGCAGGGCAGUUCAGAGGUUGCUGAAAUUCAUGGGUGUUCGGCGCAGAACAGCCACGACCGCACCGCCCGAGCUCACGGCACAGCCUGACACCAGCGCAGCCGAGCUCGAGGCGGAGCCGGAUGGCAGCACUGCAUGGAGUGACUGUGCAGCCAGCGCUGACAUGGCACCCAUGGAUUGUGCUGCCAGUGGUGACAUGGCACUGACUGAUGUCAGAGCAACCUCGGACAUGGCAGCCAUUGAUUGUGCAGCCACCUGUGUCAUGGCACCUACUGAGGGCACAGACACCGCUGAGAUGGCACAGCUUGAAGGCAGAGGAACCACUGACAUGGCACCGGUUAAUGGCAUGGAGACCUCUGACAUGGCACCGAUGGAUGGCACAGCCACCUGUGACACCGCGCUGGCUGACACCGACACAACAUCUGACACGACACCAACUGAUGUCAGGGCCAAAUCUGAUGACACGGCUGAGGGCAUUGCAAGCACCGACUGUACGCCCACCCCGGCACUGCUCUCUGCCUUCCAGGUCUUCGACUGUCUGGAUGUGAGCACCUGUCCCGACAGUGUCCUGCAGAUCCUGGCAAGGCACCUGCAGAGCCAGUGCCCAGAGAGGCGGCGCCUGGCUCUGCGAGAGCUCCUGGUGCUGAGCGUGGAUCCCUCAAUGGCCAAAGGCAUCUGCAGCCUGUCUGAGCCCCUCCUGGAGCUGCUGCGUGAUGGAGAUGGAGAGCUGGUCUCCAUGACCCUCUCCGUGUUCCGGAAUGUGCUCCGGGAUGGAGACAACAAUGAUGAGUUCAGCUCCACUGCCCCGAGGCUGGCUGAGGCGCUGCGGCCAGUCUUUGACAACGAGGGGCUCCUGGGGUCCCUGCACAGCCACGCUCUGACCCCGGCUCCCUUCCUCUCUCUUCCAGGCCUUACAGCCAUGAGUGAGGACGACUGCCCCUCCAUCUCCAACAUGAGAGCUGCACUCAUGGCCACUUACAGCCGUGCCAUGAGAACUCCACCAGCUCCGCUGAGACGACCAAUGUCCCUGCAACAGCCCCCCACCACAGCCCAGGGACCACUUCUCAGCGCGGCUGCACCUGCAGCUGAUGCUGGACUCAACUGA